AUCUACAAAUCCGAAUCAGAGGAAUUGGCGUGGUAUUCUCAUUGCCUUGCUUGUGAUCAUCGCAGUUCUAGCACUUAUUGUAACAUCAGUCGCACUUCUAACUCCUCCAGAUGAAGGCCCUCGCAUAAGUGGUUCACGUAUAAAAUUAUCUGAGAUUUAGAUGCUUCCACAUGCACAUUUUCUGGUCUAAAUAAUGAAGAUUCCACUAUGGGACCGAAUUGACCACUUUUUUAUUUUAAUACUAUAAAAAGUGGUGAUAAAAGUUUCCCGGUUGCUGAUAUAGUUGGCUGAACAGUAUAUAACUGUGCGUUGUCGAUGAAACCGACUGUACCAGACAUUGUACCUGAUUUUCUUCUUCAACGGCUAAUGUUCUUCCCAAGUGCAUUUCUAAUUGGAAACCACUCUGAUAUGAAUUAUAAAAGUUUGCAAUGCCGAUUUCUGGUAUACAUGAUUGAACAUCAGCUACAAAAGCAUCAUCAUCAUAACCAAUUUUGAGAAGCCUAAAAUCUUAUAUCUUCAUGGCCAACAAUUUUUUGAGCUUGCAAUGCCAAUUUCCGUAUACUCGUAUCUCGAUCAUGUACUAUCGUACCAGCUGCAAUAGCGGCUUUUAAAUUAUCAAAUGUGUAUUGGCAAAUUUGCGCAAUUUUUUCUCGGUUUUAUACGGAAAAUUGACACCAUUACUUUUCAAUGGCACAUGGGUAAGUGAUCGUCACAUUUGUUACAAAGACACAUCUGGUGGUAUCUCCAUUCUAGAUGUAUCUGAUCCUUCUCUUGUACCGGAAAGUUUACUACCUAAUGAAACUUUUAAAAAACUUGCUCCUAUGAAGUUCUCGCUAUCUCCAGAUCAUAAAUUCCUAUUAAUCGCUCAAAAUCUUAAGAAACUCUUUCGUUAUUCAUAUCUGGCACAAUAUGUUAUUAUAGAUUUGAAUACCAAAGAACUCAUUCCAUUGAAUCCUCAGAAUGGUAAAGAUAGAUAUCCGUAUUUAUUAUUAGCACAAUGGACUCCUCGAGGUCAUGGACUUUUGAUAAUAUAUGACUAUGAUAUAUAUUAUAAAAAAGGGCCCCAUGAAGAACUAACUUAUCGCGUUACGAAUACUGCUAUACCUGGCAUAGUAUCUAAUGGAUUUCCCGACUGGCUGUAUGAAGAAGAGAUUCUUCAUAGCUCCGAAGCUUUCUGGAUGGCAAAAGAUUCACAUAUACUUUUGUACGCUAGCUUCAAUGAUUCUUUGGUUAAUGAAAUGCUUCUACCUUGGUAUGGAGAUGGAAAUAAACAAACGUAUACAAAUAUUAGAUCACUACGGUAUCCGAAGGUUGAUGAUUUGGACAUUGCAGAAUUACGUGGCUAUACAACUUACAAUUUUGAUGACCCAGAAACAGAGAUACAAUUUUGGAAAGAAGCCAAAGAAGAAAAGUUCUCACAACUUAGCUAUAAAUUGUCCACUGGAGAAUUAGAGAAAGUCUUACCUGCCGAGAUAGUACCAGAUACCUCUAAUCCAUUGGUAACAAUGUACGUUGCUGAUUUGGCGGACUUAAAGAGUAUACAAACAAAAGUAGUGAGACCACCUUCGAUCAUUGAAAAUGUCGAACAUUAUUUCACCACGGCUUCUUGGAUAUCAACAACAGAAAUUUGUAUUACAUGGAUGAAUCGGCAUCAAAAUUUAUCUGUUAUAACAAUAUGCAGAAGCCCUUUAUGGAAAUGUCAGGAAAUUCAAAGAAUAUUUGGCAUUGAUGGUAGUUGGGUAGAUAGUCCACCUGAAAAACCAGUUUUUUCACAAAAUGGAACCAGCUACAUAACUAUAGCACCUAUAAAGGAUGAUUCCGCAGACUAUUACAAACACAUUCUAUGGGUUGAUGUUUUGAAAAAACAAAUAAUCCCUGUCACCCAUGGGAAAUUCGAGGUCACUAAAAUUCUUGCAUGGGACCAAAUUAACGAUACAAUUUAUUUUCUUGCCAUCCCAAUAAAUUUACCAUCACAGCGACAUUUAUAUCGUACGACUUUUGUAAUACAACAGUUGCAUGAAUCUAACAAAACUACUAUUUGUUUGAGCUGCAACAUCUCUAAUAGUAUGAUAAAUUCAUUUAUUGGAAUAACUGAAAGAGCUUAUUUAGAACAGAUUGAUACAAUGCAACACAAUUAUUUUAUAGUUGAGAAUCAUUCGUCAGGAAAGAAUUUGGACACAAACCAACCUAAUUAUGACAUCAACAUUUUACGCAAGAAAACUAUUGACAGAAAACAUUCGCUAAAAAUUCCAGAUAUAUGUCAGUAUUACAGUGCAAUAUUUUCACCAAAUCUUGAAUACUUCAUACUUCAAUGCUUGGGACCUGGUAUUCCGACAGUUUCUCUAUACAAGACGGAAUUGUCAAUGCCACGUUUUAUGGCAGAUUUUCAAAAAAAUAUUAUUUUAAAGGAAAAAUUAGAUAACUUAGCGUUGCCACAAAUAAAAACAUUUCCAGUACAAAUAAGUGGCGGAUAUAAUGCUCAAGUAAGAUUGUAUUUACCUCCAGGACUUCGAGAAGAUGAAAUAACUCAAUAUCCGUUGGUAGUUCAAGCCUAUGGAGCUCCUGGUUCACAAUUAGUCAACGAUAUAUUCAAAAUUGAUUGGAAUUCUUAUUUAGCUAGUAGAAAAAAUGUUAUUGUAGCACAAAUUGAUGGCCGCGGUAGCGGUGGUCAAGGUUAUAAACUACUGCACGAAGUUUAUCGUCGACUUGGUACCGUCGAUGUUGCUGAUCAACUUGAAGUAACUGAGUAUCUACGUGACUCAUUGCAUUUCAUAGAUAAACGACGCGUUGCAAUAUGGGGUUGGAGUUAUGGUGGAUUUGUAGCUGCUCAUGCUCUAGCUCAUUCUGAUCAAGAUGUAUUCCACUGCGGAAUCAGCAUUGCUCCCAUAAUAUCAUGGAAGCUAUAUGACUCUGCUUAUGCAGAAAGAUAUAUGGGUUCGUCAAAUGUUACCGACAACUAUCAGGGAUAUGCGGAAGCUGACCUUGUAAAUAAAGUCGAUUAUUUGCGUGAGAAAAUGUUCUACUUAGUUCAUGGCACUGCUGACGAUAAUGUACACUUUCAGCAAUCUAUGAUUCUAGCAAGACAUCUUGCCAAGAAAGGGAUUCUAUUUCGACAACAGGUUUAUCCAGAUGUAAGUCAUAGUUUAGCUGGAGUUAAGGAGCAUCUUUACUUAUCUAUGGCACACUUUUUAGACGAUUGCUUUAAUAAACAAGUACCUACUGAUUCAAGAGCUGGCUUAAGUAGUGGUGGCUCGGUAAUUUAAUGUAAUUUAUUUGUUA